ACAACUGGGAUUAUUUUAUUAGACUGGAACUAACAUUUUCUGAGAAGCCAUUUACAAAGGACAGCAAUGCGUUCCUUUGAAUGGAAACAGAAGACAGGCUACACAGUGUGCAGCAGUAGUAUGACCUGCUUAUCAUGACCAGCCUAAACAGAAAAGACUUUGGUUCCAACACUUUUAGGUUCAUUGUUGGUCUUUGCAUGAUCCUGGAAAUGUUCAGGUAAUUAUUUCAGGAGCUUGAAGAUUUGCUGGAGGCAAUGUAGUCUUCAUUGUUUCAGAACGAGUCCUCAAUACUUCGUCACCCGUCCUGUUCAUGUUCAGUUGAUGGUGACUGAAAAUAAAAAGUUGCUUUAAAUUAAAAUACCCGGCUUCAUAAUUUAUUUGGCAAGGCACGAAGUGUAGCAUGUAUGCAAAUGAGAACAAAGUAAAGGCAGAGCGUGUUAAAUGAUGAGGAUUGGGUUGGGGAGAUCCAGCCUGCCUUGUGGCGCGUUGAAAGCGCCGAUUGGCGAAGCGGCGUGCAGCAGGAGCCGCUGUGAUUAGGCUGGCUGCCGGAUCAGAUGGUCUCUGCAUCGCAGGGGGUGGGGGAAAGCAUCUCUUUGUCAUCCUGUCAUUUGUGGCCAGCUCUUCUCUGCGCACAGGCUGCAUCUGCGAUCAGUGAUAAACGUGCUCUCACACGCCAUGUGAGCGUAGAGCAGCGGCAGCCUCGCCUCCAGCUCCUCCGCCUGCUGUUCCGUCGGCCGCUGCUUGCCUCUAUUCGCCUCUCCUCCUCUCUCCGCCGCCGUGCUGGAUUGUUCUGUGUCUAACAAAGCCCGGUCUCAGGCUGCUCGCAGACAGCUGCUCUCGGAACUCGGUGGCUUCGGGUUGCAUGGUGGUGCUCCAGUGGCUCAGCAAAUGCAGAAAAGGGAGCAAAGUUUCGGUAUACAAAUGCUCACUGUCCAGCCGGACGCAAAGCCAAAAGGCUGUGCCGGCUGCAACCGGAAGAUCAAGGACCGCUACCUGCUGAAGGCGCUUGAUAAAUAUUGGCAUGAGGAUUGCCUGAAGUGUGCCUGCUGUGACUGCAGGCUGGGUGAGGUGGGCUCCACGCUCUACACCAAAGCCAACCUCAUCCUGUGCCGGAGAGACUACCUCCG